AUGAAAUAGAAGAAUUAUGAUGAAGAUAUUCGAUUCAAAGUAAGAUAAAGAUAUGCAACAAUAUCUGAUUGGAUGUCAAAAACUAUUGAUUCUGAAAGGGUACCUGAAGUGAAAGCUAGAUCUCAAUGCAAUGCAGCUAUUAAAAUUCAAAAACCUGCAAUCAUUUCACUCCAGUAUCCUUAUCAAUUCUACAACUAGGGCUAAAAGCAUUGAUACAGUAUUGAAUCGUAAAGCAAGACUUUCUGUGUCUUAAUAAGCAUCAACUUUGCAAUCAUAAAAAGUUUAUAGAAAAUUAAUUGAUCCUAAUUUAAUCAUAAGAUCAAUAGAUUAUUCAGAAUUAGGAGAUUCUCCAACAAAAACAAAAAAGAAGAAUCCUUUUUAAAAUAAAAGACUUAAUAGAUAAUUUUAGGCUAUUUAUAAUAAAAUGUAGCUGAUUUUGGAUUCAUAUAAUAGUAGAGAGAGAAUUCUUUUGCAAUAUAUAGCUAAACUAUAAAAAGAAAUAGUAAUUCUUAAAUAAGGGCACAUUUAAACUAUUUGA